AUGGGCAACAGGGCAACUUUUCCUCUGCACAGGUUUUGAUAAAUCUCCCCCAAUAUGUGUUUUGCACAAAAAUACAACAACAGCAGCCGGCUGCCCAUACAUGCUGGGGGUUGUAAUUUUGCAGCAGCUGGGGGCACACCGGUUGGCAAACACUGCUUUACGUUGGGCUCAGACUAAUCCGUUCUUCUUUAAUCUUAUCUUAGUUCCUCAAGGAGAAUUAUUGCAACAAAAAGGACAUUUCUCUCCUCUCAGAAUACCUGGAGGAUUUCAGGGCAAUAAACAUUAUCUAUAGUUCAAUAACACCCGGGCGGGUGAGUCACGACAUACAAUGGGCGGACUGGUCAAGCUGGACCAACCACUCCGGGCAUAGUAAAGUUAUACCAGGGAGGGGUCGGGGUUCAAAUAGUUUAAAUAGCCACAAUGGGCUCACCUGAGUAUCCACUCACCUGAGUAUCCUCUCUUCCUCACUCACCUUCUCUCCUCAUCUUACUCUGAAAACAUGAGCUUCACCGGGAAGUACCAGGUAGAAAGCCAAGAGAACUAUGAAGCCUUCAUGCAAACCAUUGGCAUUCCAGCUGAAACCAUCCAAAAAGGAAAAGACUUCAAAUUCACUACCGAAGUAGUCCAAAAUGGAAAUGACUUCACGUGGUCCCAAAUCUACCCCGGCCAUACCAUGACCAAUACAUUCACUAUAGGAAAAGAGUCUGAGAUGGAGACCAUGAGUGGCAAGAAAUUCAAGGCGACCGUCCAGCUCGAAGGAGGGAAGAUAGUUGUUGACUUUGGCAAAUACAAGCAUUCAUCCGAGAUUGUUGGAGGGAACCUGGUGGAGGUUUCGGAAGCUGGCGGUGUCUCUUUCAAGAGGAUCAGUAAAAGAAUCGCCUAAGACAAAAUGAUCGCUAUGUGUGUAAAAUAUAAGAAUAUAAUAAAGCUUUUUAACUAG